AUGGGGCUGCACUACCUAACCAGGAAACACGGGAUUAGAAUCUCGCCCGUGUUUCCGUGCUCAGUGGAGGACUGCAGCCUGGCAGUGGGGGAGCUGGUCGGCCACGGCAGUGUGAAGUCCGCUGUGGUGUCUAACAGCUGGAGACAGCUGUUCAUGGUCCUCAAUGACAGGAACGGGGUCUUGAACAUCUCAUUCAGAACAUUGUUCAUCACAGCUCAGGACAAAAAGGUCCGGCACCCUCUCAACUUCAUCCUGGUCAACUUGGCUGUAGCUGGACUGAUCAUGGUCAGCUUUGGAUUCACAGUCACCUUUUAUACAUCCCUCAUGGACUAUUUCUCCUCGGGACACAUCGGCUUUGCUAUUGAAGGGUUCAUGGCUACUAGCUACACCUGUCAAGUUGCUCUGUGGUCUCUUGUGGUUCUAGCUAUUGAGAGAUACAUUGUGGUCUGCAAACCAAUGGGUAGUUUCAACAUUUCAGCCACCCACGCUGCAACAGGUUGUGCAUUCACCUGGAUCACGGCGGCCUCCUGUGCUGUUCCUCCUCUCGUUGGCUGGUCAAGAUAUAUUCCUGAGGGCAUUCAGGUUUCCUGCAGACCAGACUACUACACCACGGCUCCAGGCGACAACAACAAAUCAUACGUAUUGUACAUGUUCAUCUGCCACUUCUGUGUUCCUGUCUUCACCAUCUUCUUCACUUAUGGAAAUUUAGUCUGCACAGUGAAGGCGGCCGCAGCCCAACAGCAGGACUCUGUAUCUACCCAAAAGGCUGAAAAGGAAGUGACACGUAUGUGCAUCCUGAUGGUGGUGGGCUUCCUGGUGGCCUGGACUCCAUAUGCUAGCUUUGCUGCAUGCAUCUUCAACAAGGGAGCUGCGUUCUCAGCAACAGCCAUGGCUGUGCCUGCCUUCUUCUCAAAGAGCUCAGCAUUGUUCAAACCUAUCAUCUAUGUGUUGAUGAACAAACAGGUAUGGUAA